UGGUUUUUUAUUUUAUUUUAUUAUAAUUUGAAGCAGUAAGGAUUCAGAGACUUGUCAGCUGAAUGUUUUUUAUAGCUUAUGCUUUGUCUCGUUAGCUCUCUGAUGUGUUAUCUUUGCUGCUAAUGUAGCGAAUAAAACAGUGACCAGGCAGGGUUACGAUCUAACGAUUUGGAGGAGACAUUUGGCUGCUGUUUGUGUGGAUGUCAGCUUGAAGAGCUCGUCCUUCCCCUCAACCCACACCAUGAGGUUGUCUGCUCUUCUGGCCAUGGCGGCACGACUCAAGUUGCCCCCCGACUAUCGUUUUCCAACGAGCCGCCCUUGGAGUGUAGCCGCCAAGAGGUUAAACCCUCCGGGCAAGAAGAGGAGAAAGGUUUUUGUGGAACCCAUUGCCCAUGAAGACUGGUCCGUGUUCAGGGGUGACAUGGUGGAGAUCCUUUCUGGCAAAGAUGCAGGCAAGCAGGGCAAGGUAGUCCAGGUGUUCCGGAACCGUAACUGGGUCAUCCUAGAGGGCCUCAACACGCACUAUAGGUACAUUGGCAGGACUCCAGAAUACAGGGGCACCUAUAUUGCCAGCGAGGCCCCCCUCCUGCUCAAAGACAUUGCUCUCGUUGACCCCUCGGACAGGAAGCCAACACAAGUGGAGUGGAGGUUCACUGAAGAGGGCGAGAGGGUCCGCGUUUCUGUCAGGACAGGCAGGAUCAUCCCUAAACCGGUGUUCCAGCGUAAAGAUGGCAUUGUGCCACAGCAGUGGAAAGAUGGCCCCAAGGACACGUCUCCAGAGGAUGCUCUGGAGAAGACCUACAAGCCCUCACUGAAGACCUUGCAGGAGGAAGUGAUGGAGAAGCUGGGUAUUGAGGAGACCAGGAGGGCCAGGAAGAGCUUCUGGUAUUGAAGGCCCAGCAGAGACUUAGAUGGACAGACAAGCCAUCCAAUGGGAAGCCUCUGGUUCAGAGGUCAACAUAGUUUUUUUUUAAUUUCACUGAUUGUUUUGUGUGGCUACAGUGAAUUUUUUUUAAAACAUUUUUGUGUACACAUAAGAUCUAAUGUUCUACUGAUGUAAAUUAGCACUUAAGUCAGGCAGACCUGCAUCUCCAGUCAAACGGAUUUGUUUUUGUUUGGUCUCUUAAGUGUGUGAUUGCUUUUCGAUGGACUGGCACCCUGUCCGCUUGACAGGAGAAUAAACUUCACAGCUGUACAUCAUACCGUUAAUGUAUUUUGCAUU